AUGUCGACUCGUAGCACAUCCCGAAAGGUGACGAUGGUGACCACGACGAGCUCGAGUAGUGGCACGGAGACCCCGAAAGCAGGCACGAGCACCCCGGGGUCGGCCAAGGUUCGCUCGUCGCCCCUGAGCCCGACACGUUUAUCGCGAUUGCAAGAAAAGGCCGAAUUGCAGAAGCUCAAUGAUCGUCUGGCGGCUUAUAUCGACCGGGUGCGGCAGCUCGAGUUGGAGAACAGGAGCCUCAACAUGCAGGUGGAGACGAUACAGGAGUCCAUGACGAAGGAGGUGACGUCCAUGAAGGGGCUGUACGAGCAGGAGCUGUCCGACGCCCGCAAGCUCCUCGACGACACCGCCAAGGAGAAGGCGCAGCUCCAGAUCGACGUCGGCAAACUCCGCUCCGACAACGAGGAAAUUCGCCUCAACAACCGAUACUACCGGUGCAUCUUUAGUAACGGGGAUCGUGUUAGCCUCCGUUUUGACUCCGUGCUGGUGCAGUGGAAAGCUUUCCGUCCAAGCACAGAUGUGUGUUGCAAGGGCGCCAAGCAGUUGCAGUCAGGUCCCUUCCAGACAGGCCGGGCCCGCAGCAUCUGGGUCAGGGCUGUUAAGGGGUCGGGAGGGAACAUUAACAGCUGUGCAACUCAUUGGUUUUUAGAAGUGGGUUUUAGGGCUGAGUGUGGCUCUUUUUGGGGUCAUUCAGAAACAGCGAAUUACUGCAAAAUGCAUAUCACACGUUGGGAAUAUCACAGAAGGGUACGCCUUUAA